CACCUUCCCAAUCCUCUCCUCCCACAGCCACAGCCACAGCCACAGCCACCGCCACCGCCACCGAAAGUCCAUUUUCAGUGCUAAGAAUGCCACAAAUCUUGCCGGACUUCUCCAACUCCGUGAAGCUCAAGUAUGUCAAGCUUGGGUACCAGUACCUGGUCAACCACAUUCUCACCUUCAUGCUCAUCCCCGUCAUGGCCGGAAUAGUGAUCGAAGUUCUCCGGCUGGGGCCGGCCGAAAUCGUCGCCAUUUUCCGGUCACUCCACUUCGACCUGGUGCAAGUCUUAUGUUCUUUGUUCCUCAUCAUCUUCAUCUCCACAGUCUACUUCAAGUCCAAGCCUCGCUCCAUCUACCUCGUCGACUAUGCCUGCUACAAGCCGCCGUUCACUUGCCGGGUCCCCUUCGCCACCUUCAUGGAACACUCCAGAUUGAUCCUCAAGGACAGCCCCAAAAGCGUCGAUUUCCAAAUGCGGAUUCUCGAAAGGUCGGGGCUUGGGGAAGAAACUUGCCUCCCGCCGGCGAUUCAUUACAUUCCGCCGACGCCGACGAUGGAGGCCUCCAGAGGCGAGGCCGAGACUGUCAUCUUCUCCGCCAUCGAUCAGCUGAUGAAGAAAACCGGGAUCAAGCCCAAGGACAUCGAUAUACUGAUCGUGAACUGCAGCCUGUUCUCGCCGACGCCGUCGCUGUCGGCGAUGUUGGUGAACAAGUACAAGCUCCGGAGCAACAUCAGGAGCUUUAACUUGUCCGGAAUGGGGUGCAGCGCCGGGCUGAUUUCAAUUGAUUUGGCGAGGGAUUUGCUUCAAGUUCAUCCCAACUCGUAUGCCUUGGUGGUGAGUACCGAAAUCAUCACUCCGAAUUACUACAAGGGCCAGGAGAGGGCCAUGCUCCUGCCUAACUGCUUGUUCCGGAUGGGCGCCGCCGCCAUUCUCUUGUCGAACAAGCGCCGCGAGCGCCGCCGCGCCAAGUACAGAUUGGUCCACGUGGUGCGAACCCACAAGGGCGCCGACGACAAGGCCUACAAGUGCGUGUUCGAGGAAGAAGAUUCGCAGGGCAAGGUUGGAAUCCGGCUGGAUAAAGACUUAAUGGUGAUCGCCGGCGAGGCCCUGAAAUCCAACAUUACCACCAUGGGGCCCCUGGUUUUGCCGGCUUCCGAGCAGCUUCUCUUUCUCUUCAUGCUCAUUGGCCGGAAAAUCUUCAACCCCAAAUGGAAGCCUUACAUCCCGGACUUCAAGCAGGCGUUCGAGCACUUCUGCAUCCACGCCGGCGGCCGGGCUGUGAUCGACGAGCUUCAGAAGAACCUCCAGCUCUCGGCGGAGCACGUUGAGGCCUCCCGAAUGACGCUCCACCGUUUCGGAAAUACUUCUUCUUCUUCCUUGUGGUACGAAAUGAACUACAUUGAAGCCAAGGGGAGGAUGAAGAAAGGAGACAGGAUCUGGCAAAUCGCGUUCGGAAGUGGGUUCAAAUGCAACAGUGCCGUCUGGAAGUGCAAUCGCACCAUUAAAACUCCUGCCGACGGUCCAUGGCAAGAUUGCAUCGACAGGUACCCAGUUCAUAUCCCGGAGAUUUUGAAGCUAUGAAUUAUGAAUUUCAAGAAGGUUAAUUUGGGCUUGAAUCAUAUGAAGAUGAUCGAUAUUCAUAUAUAUAUAUAUAUAUUGUUAUUGCUCCGCCGCCGCCGCCCUUGAUUGUUGAAAUUGUGAUUGUAAAAAUGGUUUGUUUCAUCUUCUUCUCUUUCUGCAUUGCAUUUUAGGUUUAGGGUUGUAAUAAGACGAUGAUCACUUGCUGCCAGUGUCAUAAAGGCUGUACCUUUCAUUGAUUUUCUUGAGGUCAUAUUCAUCAUCAUCAUCAUCAUCUGCAUCUCUUCUUUUAAGUCUCAAGGGCUGUGAAGCACCCAUGAAAAUGUACAAUGAAACUGAUAUUCUCACCAAAUGUUGUGCACUCGAUCCUUGCUAAACGACAUGGCUGUAGUAUCCUUUCCCUGCAACUCAAUUAAUAUUAAUUGAUACAUUCUUUUUUUCUCUC